AUGAAAGUUGUCUUGGAAGGAUAAAGAGCAAGGUUUUGUUUUCGGCUGACAGAAACUCUUUCAAGGCAGAGAAAUACAACUGUUUGUAUACACACAUUAAUCAGCUGGCAGGAGAUUAUCAUUAAGAUAACCCAUGGAUUCUGAUCUGGAUGAAGUUGAUGACGACGUCUUUCAUCCAGACGAUGCCGAGGCUGGAGGUCCAGAGAAGACCAUAGUUUCAGUGCGCUGUCACUGUAGCUGCUCCCCACUCAAAGUGCCACUCCAUUUCUCAUACUGCAGGGGCACCAGGUUCAGGGAGAUCAGGUACGAGGACAAGGAGACCCAGACGACAAGCCCUGUCAUGACAAACAGAGACAUUAUGCUACCCUGCAGUGUUCGAGAAGAGCCUCUGCGACUUUUCUAUGGUAACGCAGGCUACCGAUUGCACUUCCCAGCGGAUUUUGAGCAGAAUCGGGAUGCCGUAGACGACGAGCUUGUGCAGGAGCGGAACCAGGGAGGUGAGCAGCCUGUGCUAAGUGCCGAGGCUCGGAUUGGGCAGAAACUCCAGCAGAUAGGAGACCAGUUCCAAAGGGAUUACACUCUUAUGCACCGCAUAAACCAAAGGAACCAGCAGCCCGUGUGGUGGAGACUGGCAGUUACUUUGUUCAAUCUGCUCUUUGAAAGAGAAGGGAACAGAGUGAUACAAGAUCAGAGGUGAGGUGGACACUGCACGCUCACAGAGGGACUUGGCUGCUGACGGCACUGUAAGAUUGAAUACAGGUUCAGACCAUAAACCACACACCGCGGGCCGGUGGCUGAUUUUUAUGUACUCUCAAAUUUCCCAAGAGGAAGCCAUGUUGUUCUUCAGAUUCUUUCACAAGAACACGUCCUUAUUGUUAUUGAAGAACUAUUUUGUACAGUAUGUCAGUCUUUUGCACUUCUGUAAAUGUACAUCUUGAACAACAUGCCGCCAUAUUGGGAAUGCCUUAUUUUCCAUUAUUGUGUGGAAUCUUCUCAUAACUGUUAAAAAAUAAAAUAAAGCAGCAAGCAAAUAUAUAGCAGGUGGAAAUUCAAUUUUAACUGUGAUACCCUGGGACCAUGUCUGAAGUUUCCCAAGUUUUGCAAAUUGUUUCUGGUAUCAUUUUUCUCCUGUCCCAAUCAUUGAAAACUGAAAGGUGUUUAAUUUUGUAAAACUAUUGUCAGCAGGUCGCAUCCCACUUUUUCUGUGUGCAUCUGUAAGUCUGGGAGUGAACCGGCUACCUCGCGGCUCCCUGCAAGCAUCUUAACCUCUGUACAAAAAUGGUCAGACCUUUUUGCAUAGGUAGAUCAUAGCGCCUCUGUUACAUUACCUCAUCUCACCCACAGGGGUCAGCAUUAUCUGCAGAAGUGCAUUGUUAACACAGAACUACCCAUUAAACUUCCAGUGUGUUAGCUUAACAGUCUCAAUCUUCUCGAUGCUGGCGAUGCAGAGCGCUUAUAUUGCCUAAUGGACUCCCUGAACCUCACCAGUGUCUGUGUCCUAAAUCAGAGGUUUUGAUGAGCUUGAACUAAACUACCACUACACAAUGAUUUGGACAGGAGUCAAGCAGGUACUGACGCUAAUAAUGAAUGAAGGGUAUCAAAUUCUGUAUGUAAAGUGCAAGCCUGGGCUUCUCCUGGUUCUCGCAUAUGGUGCAAACAUGGUACCUUUAGCACUGACUGAAUUAAGCUGAAUCCUUUACUAAAGAAAACCUGUAUUCGUGCAAAUGAUUUCCCUUGCACAUAUCCUUUUUCCAGAGAAAUUCAAUUUUAUUUUGCCAGAUAUUGGUAAAGAGUAUCACACGUUUCCUCAUUAAACUAUUAAACAUUUUUUUGGACCAGUUGUUCUAAAAGGGGGAACAAAGUCAUAUGAGGUAUAAAAACCUGUGAUUUAUAUCAGACAUUUUCUCAGGAUGUGGUUUAACAGUGGAGCUCCAGAGUUCUUGCACCAGGUUACUUGGAUAUGAUAAUUCAAUAGAUUCAGUACGGUGCUAUUGUUACAAAUAACCACUAGUUUGUCACUAAGAUGUAGAUUUUGUACAGGAAAACAAACAUACUUCAGUGUUGAGGAAGACUGUAAUAAUUGUUGGUUCAUUGUGAAAAUGAAUACAUUUGUAUACCACUGAUGCUGUUUCCUUUUUUUUUUGUCCCUCUUUGAUGGAAGCUGGCCCUGCCACUCGUUAAAAUACCCCAGACAGAAAUCUGUUUUUUAGUCUUGAAUGACAGUCUAUGAAAUUUUUAUAUAAAAUUGAGCAUUAAACAAAUUCACAAUCACAAUUUCACUAAACCUCAUAAAUUACUUGGUUCUUUGUCUUUUGUGGCGCGUUACUUGAACCUAAACUGAUUUUAAUUUAAUCCCAAUAGAUGAUGUCUGACAUUAUGAACAACUUUUAAAAGCCAUAGAUGACGACAUCUUUGAUUAAGAUUUCCAUUACAUGAGAGAAGAUGUUAAAACUUCCUGCUGAUUUGAACUCGGCUCUCGAAUGCUGUAUCGCAUUCAGUAACAUGUGAAGGUUGUUUACCUUCAGUAGUAGUAUCCUUUGGAACUGCUCAUUGUAAUUUGACUAUUCUCCAUUAUAUCUAUGCACUUAGAUGAUGAAAAAUUAAGGGGAAACCCCUGGAAAAAAAAUAUGUUAACAAAAUGAAUCAGUUUGCCUUAAUAUAAACUAAUGUAACACUAGUGGCUGUAAGUUUUGCAAUAAGAGCUGUUGUAAUUUGAUAACAGCUAAAGGCUAUCAAGAGCCAUCUUUCUAUCCUCCAAUUACCACCAUUAUAAGUCAUGAACAGUAGGUUCUACUAUUUGCAACUCCUUAAAAGCUGUCAAAUGGUAAGCGGCCUCCGUAAUUUUUGUUUCCUGUGAACCUUGAAAGCUGAGCCAGCUACCGUAGCCUCCUGCCUUAGAAUCAACUGGUGAAUAUUAGUUGUUUUUUUUUUAUAUUCCCCACCCAAUUUGAGUGGGUCAGCUUCCAGCAUCAAACAGGGCCUUGUUUUCCUUGUAAAUUAUUCUUCAUAAUUUAUUUUGUGUAUAUUUGUUUAUUUCUACUGUAUAGAUUUCCUUGUGUGCAAUUUUUUGUAACUGUGUCCUGUUUUGUCAGUACCACGAUUGUGCCAGGAUAAGUGACUAAUACUUACAGCCCUACAGAUACAGACAGCUGUUUUUUGGAAGCAUUUCCAUGAAUUCUAUAAAGUUAGGUUGGCCCCUUUUAUUUUUGUUAGAAAGAUGGGAGGCCAUUUGACAUACACAUCUUUCUUUUCAAAAAGGAAAAUGUAGUCUCACAGUAUUAAGUAGGUUACUAAUAUAAUAGAAUGGUUUCAUAUUGACUUUAGGAAGUAUGUCGGCUAGUUUACUCUAUUUGAUGUACAAUAUUUGAAGCGAAUGUAAUACAUAUUCCCGCUGUACCCUGUGAAGGCACAACUCUGGUAAUUGCACAAUAUUCUGUGUUUGGAAAAACAGGCUGCUGCAUUGGGCACAAUCAAAUGUCAUAUUUAAAAUACAGGACUGGAAAUAAGGCUCCCAUUGCAAUGCAGUUGAAUCCAUUCUUGGUUUAAUAAGACAUACCUGAGCUUGUUACCUAUAUACUAUGGGUAACCAAGCAUCAAGUAAAACCUGGAAUGGAAUAUAUAUUUCGUACAUGUUCCUGGUUUCCAGUGUAAAGUAUACUCAUUUUGUUUGUAAUAAAACACAAAACUGGAUUUCUGUAAUUUAACAAGUGGCUUCAGGAAUUAGAUUUGUAAUUAAUUUGAAGAAAACCACAGUGGUUUCAUUUUGUGUUUUGUCUGAGGGAAUUUCUGGUCUGUGCUAGAACUCAACCUCUUUCAAGAACACACUUGUAAAUCAGAUGUUUUAUCGGUUAAUAAUGCCUGUUUUUACUGUAAAAUGCUCCUGCUUCCUGUUUUCAUCGUUGAGGAACUGAUUUCUACCAAGGUUUAAAAAGUCUUCACAUCUGGGAGGAAUUUUUGAAAAGCUAUUUGUUUCUUUUCAAAAGGGCUUUUUAAUUGAUUAAAAAAAAUGUAAGUAAUACAUUCCUGUGGUGACAAUAUACUUGUUUUGUAAUAUUCUAGAAAAGAUAUCAACAAAAACACAAAGGUCAGUCACCAGAAAUUUCAGUCUGGAACUUAAGUAUGUUUGCUUUAAGGCUCUGGAUAUGCCUUGCAUUACUCCUUAGAUUUUGAAGACGUCUUGAAGACCACACAUUCUCUGUAUCCAAUAAACUGAGACCCAGCGAAAAUGUAGCAUUUUUUAAAAACAUUGGCUGUGUGUCUUCGAGACUGUACUGAGCACCCCUUAACCAUAUAAAUACAGUUAGAAAGUGUGGAGUUUUGUAUUCGCGCAAUACCGCUGUAAAUUAGAGCUUGGCUCUUUGAAUUGAUAUCUUUUCUCAGAUUUAGUUUUUCAAAUUGGUACCGUUUUUUUUUUUUUAAUAAAAAUGCAGAAAGUAAAAAAAAAAGGUGUGUCUUUUUCAUUUGAAUAUAUUACAAAAAAGAAAUAGGAUAGUCAACUGAUAAGCAUCCUCUCCUCCCCAUUGGAGUUAUACUUCAAAGUUUUGUUGAGGUACAUUUUCAGGUACAGUAGCGCAGUGUUGGGGAGUAGAUGAGCUGCAACACUUUGCACACACUUUAUUCCCUGGGUCCAAUCCAUGAACCAUGAACUGGGGGGGGGGGUGAACUCAAAGAGCUGGACUCUAUUUCAUUAGUGUGCAUAUAGAAAUAUAGAAAGCAAUGGGGAAAUAGUCAACUUGACCUUUAGGUGGCGUUACAGUCGCACAGAUUCUUGCAGACCUGCAUGGACUGUUCUUGACAACCGCCUGCGUGACC